UGUGAGAGAAGUGUGUGUGUCCCUGUGUGAGAGAGAGGAGGGGGGAGAGUGUGCUGUUACUGCAGCCUCCCACACUCUGUGAUUUGUGAGGGGAACAUGAUGAAACCAUGCCCUGGACAAAUUAAAUGAGCCUGUCAGCCCAGCCAGGUGGGAUCAGUUGCAGCUGAUAGACUGCCCCACAGAAGCAUUCCCUGCAGACUCCUUGGUUGGGACUGAGGAAAAGCAGCACAUCUCACAGCAGUUUUCUGCACUAUGUCUCUGUGCAGCGGUAUACGCUUAUAUCAGGUAUUAUCUUGUGUGACGUUCAUCUUUGGAGUACAAGUUUGCUUUGGAUUUACUGCAAAUCGUGUGAAAAGAACAGAUUCGGAAUGGGACGAAGGUGUUGCCUCAGUCCUUUCUGAUUCACCAUGGAUCAGCACUUCGGGGUCCUGUAAAGGCCGAUGUUUUGAACUUCAAGAGGCAGACCCCCCCGCAUGUCGCUGUGACAACCUCUGCAAGAGCUACAACAGCUGCUGUCAGGAUUUUGACCAACAUUGCCUCAAAACAGGACGUGACUGGAGCUGUACAAAGGAGAGGUGCGGAGAGACACGAAGCGAGGACAGCGCCUGUCAUUGCUCCGAUGAUUGCCUGGCUAAAGGCGAUUGCUGCACCGACUAUCACAUCUCAUGCAAAGGUGGGACUCGUUGGGUAGAUGAUGACUGUGAAGAAAUUAAACAUCCAGAAUGUCCAACUGGGUUUUCUCGUCCUCCUUUGAUCAUCUUCUCUGUUGAUGGUUUUCGAGCAUCUUAUAUGAAGGAAGGAAACAAGGUUUUGCCCAAUAUCUAUAAGCUAAGAACCUGUGGGACCCAUUCUCCUUACAUGAGACCUGUAUAUCCAACAAAAACAUUCCCGAAUUUGUAUACACUAGCAACGGGACUUUACCCCGAGUCUCAUGGAAUUGUUGGUAAUUCUAUGUAUGAUCCGGUUUUCGAUGCUAAUUUCAGCCUUCGGUCACGAGAGAAGUUCAACCACCGAUGGUGGGGGGGACAACCAAUUUGGAUUACUUCUGCUAAACAGGGGAUGAAAGCAGCUUCAUUCUUCUGGCCCGUGUCAAUCAGUCAACAACGUAGAGUCCUGACAAUCCUGCAGUGGUUGCAUCUACCUGACAAUGAGAGACCUUCCGUGUACGCAAUUUACUCCGAGCAGCCGGAUCAGACUGGACACAGAUACGGACCUUUCAGCAAUGAGUUAGUUAAUCAGCUGAAGGAUAUUGACGCAGUUGUUGGCAUGUUAAUGGAUGGCUUAAAACAAAUGAAGUUACAUCGAUGCGUCAACAUCAUCUUUGUAGGCGAUCAUGGCAUGGAGGAGGCGACGUGUGAGAGGACCGAAUUGCUGAACUCCUACAUAAACAACAUCGAUGACUUUGUGUUAUUGGCUGGGCCUUUAGGACGCAUGCGUACCAAAAACAAUCUUCCCAAACAUGAUCCAAAAGCAGUUGUUGCAAAUCUUACGUGCAAAAAACCUGAACAGCAUUUUAAACCUUACCUGAAGCAACACCUUCCAAAGAGACUGCACUACGCAAAUAACAGGCGGAUAGAGGAUAUUCACCUGCUGGUAGAGCGAAAGUGGCACGUCGUAAGGAAAUUGGGGGAUGUGCACAAGAACAAAGGCAGAUGUACUUUUCAAGGGGACCAUGGCUAUGACAAUAAAAUCAGCAGUAUGCAGACCGUCUUUGUUGGCUACGGUCCCUCAUUUAAGUUCAAGGCAAAAGUGCCUCCAUUUGAGACUAUUGAACUCUACAAUGUCAUGUGUGAUAUUCUGGGUUUAAAACCUGCCCCCAACAAUGGAACUCAUGGAAGCUUAAAUCACCUCCUACGCAUGGCGUCUCACAAGCCCGCCAUGCCAGAUGAGGUCUCCAAGCCGCUUCCAAUUGUCACUUCUCCGUCCACUGUAAACGAAGAGCUGGGGUGUUCCUGUGACGACAAGAAUAAAGCUGAGGAACUGAAUAAACGCCUUUAUCUGAAAGGAUCAGAUGAUGUAACGGUAGACGAACUUAGCAAUGAAAUUAAGGAGGUGCCGUCAAGGAACCCAGACAUGCCUACUGAGGAUGGGAUGGAAGGGUCUGCACUCUUAGAGAGGUUAAGUGGCAGCUCAGAAGAGGCAGCUAUAAGUACUUCAUGGGAAAGGCAGCAAACGAAGCCCUCGGGAUGGUCUUUCAGCGCUGAUAAGAACCUCUUGUAUGGAAGACCGGCAGUGCUGUUUAAGACCAAGUAUACGCUGUUGCAUCACAGUGAUUUUGUCAGCGGUUACAGCGAAGCGUUGUUGAUGCCACUUUGGACGUCGUAUACCAUUUCAAAGCAGGCUGAAGUAUCUGGCAUCCCUGAUUAUUUAUCAUCCUGUGUAAGACUGGAUCCCCGCGUCUCUCCUGGCAACAGUCAAAGCUGCUCCGCCUACAAGGCCGACAAGCAGAUGUCCUAUGGGUUUCUGUUUCCACCCCAAUUAAGUUCCUCUGCAGAAGCCAAAUAUGAUGCUUUUCUCAUUACAAAUAUCAUCCCCAUAUAUCCUGCUUUUAAAAAGAUCUGGAACUAUGUUCAGAGAGUCUUGGUGAAACGCUAUGCGUCAGAAAGGAAUGGCGUUAACAUCAUUGCCGGGCCUGUCUUCGACUAUGACUACGACGGUUUAUAUGACACCGCAGACAAAAUAAAAACGUUUGUGGAUGGAUCGAUCCCAGUUCCAACACACUACUUCCUAAUUAUAACCAGCUGUCUGGACUUUACCCAACCAGCUGAUAACUGCGAUGGCAGACUCUCCGUCAUGUCUUUCAUCAUCCCACACCGGCCAGACAAUGAUGAAAGCUGCAAUUUUGCCCGACCUGGUCCUCAGAGCUCUUCUAAAGUCAGGUCAAAGGGGAUGAACUCAGAGGAUGAAUCAAAGUGGGUGGAAGAACUUCUUAAGAUGCACACCGCCCGCGUCCGAGACAUUGAACAGAUCACCGGCUUGGAUUUCUAUCGGAAGACCAAUCGCAGCUACACGGAAAUCCUCGCUCUAAAGACAUAUCUGCAUACGUUUGAGAGCGAGAUCUAAUUCUGGCAAUGUAGCUUGCCGGCUCCUCUUCCAAGUGGUGUAUAUUUUUAUAUCGGUUUUAUUUUUUUUUGUAUUUAUUAAUUUUUAAACCAGGACACUUAAAUGUAUUAGUAUUGUAAUCCUACAUGUCAUGCACACGUCAUUUGUCCAGUAAUGUUAUUUAGAUGUCUGAGAGACCUCUCUCUCCGCUGCAGCUUGGCUCGUAGACUAAGCUUUCUAAUAGUGCUGCAGAAUUUCUUCUUGCACCGGGAAUUUUAUUUUUCUAGUGCUUGGCUUCUAUAUUUGUAGACUUUUUACUGAGUAAUGCGAAACAGAGUUUGUAAAAUGACUUAUAUUAACUGAAGAUUGUGACCAAACAUAUUUAUGUUGUAUGGAUUAAUGGAACCUCGUAUAAUAAAUCACACACAUUCAUUUUUA